AUGGAUGACGAUACCAAGGAUGACGGCAACGUUAAUAAUUUCCUAUCUCAACUGAGCACCCUAAAUAAGCUAAUAAGCUCCUUCAAGGAGACCUGCAAGAUAUCCUCCUACUGCUUCGACAAAUGCGUGAGCUACCCGGAAAAAAGCCUCAGCAACACGAACAAGAAGUGCAUCUGGAACUGCGCGCAGAGAUACGUGGAGUGCGGCUACUUCAUAAAAAAUCGAUCGAAAGAUAACGCGGAGCUGUCAAAUGUGAACUUCCUGGACGGGGGUGGGAACUUCACAAAGUUGGGGAAGGCCAACGAGAAGUCAGAGCUCGUUGUAAAGGAGUAG